AUGAACGGGAAGAAGCAUCUCCCAAAAUACGCUCUCUGUUUAAUUCUGUACAUAUCAAUUUGCCUUUCACUGUUACUAAUCAGAAUUAAUCAGUCGUCUUCCGCUAAAGUGAUCCGCAAUUUGAGUUAUCCAGUGACUACAAAACCACCGACCGAGUCAUACGAUACGCCAAUCGAUACUCAAGUAAUUGAAUCGUCUCUCCAGCGUAUCGCAAGUGUUUGUGAAAAAUACAAUAAAACAACUAGCCUGGAGAGAAAACAUUUCUUUCACGAUCCAUCGCACAAUGCGCUCUUCUGCUGGAUAAGAAAAGUCGCGUCCACCAGUUUCACGAAAAUGUUUGCCGAACUCCGGGGGAUACAGAUGGAGAGGAAUUAUUACAAGGCAAGUGGAUUUUUAUCUCCCGCGACUGUCGAGGAUUUUUUGAAUCUCGUAGACGACAUGGGUGUAUUCAAAUUCCUAGCAGUUCGACACCCAUUCGAGCGUCUUGUUUCGUCCUACAGGAGUAGAAUCGAGGACAAUUCAAAGUACAGCAGCCAGGCCUGGAUCUUCGUCCCAAGGAUAUUUCACCAGACUCGACCCCAUCUCUUCCAUUUCAACGAAACAAUUCAGAGUCCGAUGCAGCAAAUAUUUCACAACAACAGAAGGUUGAAACUCGUCCCAACAUUCCAGGAAUUUGUCUCGUGGCUUUUGACACAAUCCGAAGAGAAUGACGACGAGCACUGGAGUCAGUACCACUCCCACUGCUCAAUAUGUCAAAUGAAUUUUGAUUAUGUUUUGAAAGUUGACGAUGAAUUAAUUCAUGAGUUCGAAAAUAUUUUUACGAGACUUAAUCCAGAACGCAGGGAAUGGAAAUUGGUGAAACUGGGAGGUACACGCGGGGGAGCAACGAAUUUUCAACGAACUUGCGAUUAUUUAUCGACAUUGACUAGCGAUACGCUACAAAGACUCUAUCAGCGGUAUAAAAUUGACUUUGAUAUGUUUGAUUACAGCCCGAGAGUGUACGAGGCUUGCAAAAAAACUUACGUGUUGCCAUGAAUUCAUUUUUUUUCUGCCAUUAUUGUCUGGGUAAAAUUUCAGAAAAUACAUGAAAACAUUGUUU